CUCUUGGUCACCUGGCAGGAACCGGAAGCCGGGGUUAUAAAGUAAAAGAAGCGGCGUCUGUCCUGGGCUUUCGUCUCGGGUCCGCUCCGCCGCAAUUUCAAGCCCAAACUCAAGGCUGUCCCCUGGCCGAGCUUCGCCUUCGCCAUGGCGCUCAGCGAUGCAGACGUACAGAAGCAGAUUAAGCACAUGAUGGCUUUCAUCGAACAAGAAGCCAACGAGAAAGCGGAAGAAAUAGAUGCGAAGGCAGAAGAAGAGUUCAACAUUGAGAAGGGCCGCCUGGUGCAGACGCAGAGACUCAAGAUCAUGGAGUACUACGAGAAGAAAGAGAAGCAGAUUGAGCAGCAGAAGAAAAUUCAAAUGUCCAAUUUGAUGAAUCAGGCAAGGCUGAAAGUCCUCAGAGCAAGAGAUGACCUCAUCACUGAUCUGCUAAGCGAGGCAAAGCAGAGACUCAGCAAGGUGGUAAAAGACACAACCCGGUACCAAGUGCUGCUGGAUGGGCUGGUCCUCCAGGGCUUGUACCAGCUGUUGGAGCCUCGGAUGAUUGUGCGCUGCAGAAAACAAGAUUUCCCCUUGGUGAAGGCUGCAGUACAAAAAGCAAUUCCUAUGUAUAAAAUUGCCACCAAAAAAGAUGUUGAUGUCCAAAUUGACCAGGAGGCCUAUCUGCCUGAGGACAUAGCUGGUGGAGUUGAAGUCUAUAAUGGAGAUCGCAAGAUAAAGGUUUCCAACACUCUGGAGAGCCGGCUGGACCUCAUCGCUCAGCAGAUGAUGCCCGAAGUCCGAGGGGCCUUGUUUGGUGCGAAUGCCAACAGGAAGUUUCUGGACUGAGCCUGGGGAGGUGCAGAUACCCGUGUGGCUUUCUCUUUCUGUUGUAAUCAGUGGACACCCUCUGCAGCUAAUGCCCUUGGCCCAGUGUCAACAGAAGGGCUACUUGGUGUGGGCAAGGCCGCAGCCCCAGCCCAUCUGACGCACUGAUUCGGUGGCAGGACGUGAGGGGUCAGAUGGCGCUGUUGCCCUCACCACGAACCCACCUUUCCUGCUCCUGUCUAGUCUAGAGUGCGCUGUGCACGCUGUCCCUGUUCUGUGCGUGUAAAGUGCAUGUGGCCUUGCGUUCUUCCAGCAGUACUAGCUUCACGGUUAUUAUUUAGGUCUAGUUUUCCUUUUCUGUAAAUGUGAUUUAAAAUCUAAGCCACAAGUAUUCUUUAUUUAUUAAAACAAAAGUUUAUGUGGA